GAUCGAGGCUAGCUACCUCUGGCAUCAUUUUGCCGGGAAUUAGUGCACAUGCAUUGUGGCGCCGUUCUUUCUCGUUAAUUGAUCAUAAAAACGGUAAGUAUCGAAUCGUUUACCGGUACCAAGAUGCUGGAACAAAAUCCAGAGUUCGCGGAGCACGUGCCCGAAGAGGAGGAAGAGGAAAGUCCGGAGAGCACGAAGGAGUCCACGCCUGAUGAAGAGGAGAGCGUGACGACAGAAAAGAAGGAUGACACGGAUUACGAUAGCAAACUGGAUUUGGAUAGAGGCAAUCGUUUCGACUACCUGCUGCAACAAACCGAAAUCUUUGCACAUUUUAUGACCACAAGCAGCGCGGCGAAAGGCGUCACGUCGCCUCUAAAGUUGAAACCAGGUCGGCCGAAGUUGAAGAAGAAUGACGAGAAAGCUAAACUUGCGGCUGUGGGAGACCUGCGACAUCGGAUGACUGAGCAGGAAGAAGAUGAGGAGCUGCUUUCAGACAGCCGCCGAAAGGAAAUUACAGUCACUCGCUUUGAGACCUCGCCUACUUAUAUUAAAGGGGGUGAGCUUCGCGACUACCAAAUCCGAGGCCUUAACUGGAUGAUUUCUCUCUAUGAACAUGGUAUCAAUGGCAUCCUUGCUGAUGAAAUGGGUCUUGGAAAGACACUGCAAACUAUCUCGCUGUUGGGAUACAUGAAGCACUAUCGCAACAUAAAUGGACCGCACAUGGUUAUUGUGCCAAAGUCGACGCUAGCUAAUUGGAUGAGUGAGUUCGAGAGGUGGUGUCCAUCUCUCCGCACUGUCUGCCUGAUUGGAGACCAAAAUGCGAGGGCUGCACUCAUACGUGACACACUGAUGCCUGGCGAGUGGGACGUCUGUGUCACCUCGUACGAAAUGGUCAUCCGAGAAAAGGCUGUCCUAAAAAAGUUCAACUGGCGCUACCUUGUCAUUGACGAAGCUCACCGCAUCAAAAAUGAGAAAUCAAAGUUAUCAGAGAUAGUGCGAGAGUUCAAGACGACAAAUCGCUUGCUUUUGACUGGCACCCCAUUGCAAAACAACCUCCAUGAGCUUUGGGCCCUGCUCAACUUCCUCCUUCCGGAUGUGUUCAACUCAUCUGAGGAUUUUGAUGCUUGGUUCAACACCAACAAUUGCCUGGGUGACAAUCACCUCGUGGAGCGACUGCAUGCCGUGCUGCGCCCAUUCCUGCUGCGUCGGCUCAAGUCUGAGGUGGAGAAGAAGCUGCCUCCCAAGAAGGAAGUGAAAAUUUAUGUUGGCCUGUCGAAGAUGCAGCGCGAAUGGUACACCAAGUGCUUGUUGAAAGACAUUGAUGUUGUUAACGGAGCUGGAAAAGUUGACAAGAUGCGACUGCUCAACAUCCUCAUGCAGCUACGCAAGUGCUGCAACCAUCCAUACCUUUUCGACGGGGCAGAACCUGGACCACCAUACACGACUGAUGAGCACAUAGUCUACAACUGUGGAAAAAUGGUGAUCCUUGACAAGCUACUGCCUAAGCUGAAGGCCCAGGGCUCUCGGGUGCUCAUCUUUUCUCAAAUGACCCGCAUGCUUGACAUCCUGGAAGACUACUGCCUAUGGCGACGCUAUGGGUACUGUCGUCUGGAUGGCCAGACACCUCAUGAAGAGCGAACAUUGUCCAUCAAUGAAUUCAACAAGCCCAACAGCGACAAGUUCUUGUUUAUGCUCUCGACUCGUGCGGGUGGCUUGGGCAUCAACCUUGCAACUGCAGAUGUCGUUAUUCUGUUUGACUCGGACUGGAACCCUCAGGUUGAUCUGCAAGCUAUGGACAGGGCCCAUCGUAUUGGGCAGACAAAAGCUGUGCGUGUGUUCCGUAUGAUCACUGAGAACACUGUUGAGGAACGCAUCGUCGAGAGAGCUGAGGUGAAGCUGCGACUUGACACAGUGGUCAUCCAGCAAGGCAGGCUUGUGGACGCCCAGGCCAAGAUUGGCAAGGAGGAGAUGCUGGGCAUGAUUCGACAUGGGGCAGACCACAUCUUUGCUUCUAAGGAGAGUGAAAUCACGGAUGAGGACAUUGAUGCCAUCCUGGAGAAGGGCGAGCGCAAGACCGAGGAGCUUAAGACCAAGCUGGAAUCGCUCGGCGAGGGUUCCUUGCGAAACUUUACUCUUGACACCCCGCAGGAAUCUGUCUACAAGUUCGAAGGAGAAGACUACAGAGAGAAGCAGAAGAGUGGGGGGCUAAAUUGGAUCGAACCACCCAAACGGGAGCGUAAGGCCAACUAUGCGGUCGACGCGUACUUCAGGGAGGCCCUGCGUGUGAGCGAACCAAAAGCCCCCAAGGCACCCAGACCACCAAAACAGCCGAACAUCCAGGAUUUCCAGUUCUUUCCUCCAAGGCUGUUUGAGCUGCUUGACAAGGAAAUUUACUAUUAUCGCAAAACCAUUGGCUACAAGGUCCCGAAAAAUCCUGAUCUAGGAUCUGAUGCUGGUCGCAUUCAGCGGGAAGAACAGGCAAAGAUUGACGAGUCAGAGCCCCUGACUGAGGAGGAGCUUGCAGAGAAGGAGAAGCUUCUCACAGAGGGCUUCACUAACUGGGCUCGGCGAGACUUCAACCAGUUCAUCAAAGCCAAUGAAAAGUAUGGCCGUGAUGACAUUGAGAGCAUUGCCAGAGAUGUUGAGGGAAAAACACCCGAGGAGGUGAUGGAGUACUCAGCCGUGUUCUGGGAACGCUGCCAUGAGCUGCAGGACAUAGAGCGGUUGAUGGGUCAGAUAGAGAAAGGGGAGGCACGCAUUCAACGGCGAGCGUCCAUCAAGCGUGCCCUGGAGGCCAAGAUGAGCCGGUACCGGGCACCCUUUCACCAGCUGCGCAUGGCUUACGGCACCAAUAAAGGAAAGAACUACACCGAGGAAGAGGACCGCUUUCUCGUAUGCAUGUUGCACAAGCUGGGCUUUGACCGAGAAAACGUUUAUGACGAGCUACGUGCUGCCAUUCGUCAAGCGCCGCAGUUCCGCUUCGAUUGGUUCAUCAAGUCUCGAACGGCUGCUGAGCUGCAGCGACGAUGUAACACACUCAUUACCCUCAUUGAACGAGAAAACCAAGAACUGGAGGAGAAGGAAAAGGCGGAGAGGAAGCGAAGAGGUGGUGGCCGUCCUAGCACACCCAAGGGAAAACGCAAGAUGGAUGGAAUUUCAGAAGGCCGAAAGAAGAAGCGGAAGACACAGUAACGGACAGUUUCUGAUCACUAUUCUAUCUAGUAAUGUGAAGAUCCAUGUAAAUAUAGUUUAUAAGGACAUCUUUGUUUGCCUCUGUGAAUUUCUUUGUAUUGUCCAUGCCUAAAUCGUAGCCAUCAUUGCAUUUUAUAACAGGUAGCUCUGUUGGCUGCACGUCGUCACCUGGCUUUUGAUUUUUUUUCUCUGUAUAUUUAUUAUGGCCAAUGUGCUCUUAUUAUAUCGGUCAGUGGACUUGGCUGGGACGCAAAAUUGCCCAUUCCAAACUUGCAUGCUAUGUCACAAUAAAUGUCUGUUCUUAUAUAUCAUCCAUACA